UGUCCGAAGGAGUCUAUAAAUAGCAGUAUUUACGUCAUCAAUCACCUAGACGGUUAUAACAUCUCAGACAAUAUGUCCCUGUCCUGUAACACGGGGUACCGGCACGGAGGGGGUGACCUCAACAGGACCUGUCAGGGUAGCGGGGUCUGGAGCGCUCCCCUACCACAGUGUAACAGAUGCACGUGCCCGUGUGAUCGGGUUCAUCCAGUCCAGAACCUGACGGCAGAGGAACUCAACAACAAAAUAGAAGAAUUGAAAAAAGAACUAGUGGUCAACACUCGGACUCUGUCAAGUUUUAUAAGGAAACGAACGAGUGCGUCUGACGAGCGUCCGUCAGCCACAGGAGUGGGGGUUAUUUUAGGGGUCGGGAUAUUAACUUUUCUGUGUGCGAUCAUUUUUAUUCCAGAUAUCCCAAAACUAAAACACGAUCUCAGAAAUAAUGCUGUAAUACAAUAUUUAAAUGGAAGAUUUUUUUCUCGGUAA